GGCGUUAUAAUGGGCUGGUCUGAAAGUGGUGGAGAGGCACAGAACCACAGGGGAAGAGAGAGAUAAUGACAAUAACACUAAUAACCCUAAUAACCCUGCUGCUGCCCGCGCCGCAGCGAGAAGUCAGCCCGGCGUCCCGGCAUUGACGGGGGCCGAAGCCGGCGAGACAAGACGUCCCCAGAGAGCUCCCCGCGCUGGAGGAGCGCCGGACGGUAACAUCGGCAGCGUCCUGAGGAGCACCAGGAGCGGGGGGACCCAGAGAGGAAACGGCUCCAGCACCCGCCUGCUCGCUCCGGCUCCGCGGGGACCUCUUCGCCCCUCUCCUCCGACCCAUGAAGCAGCGGGCGUAACGACCGAGAAGGACAAACAGGGGGGCGGAAAGAGAGCGAGCGCCCCGGUGGGGGAGAAGGAGGUGGAAGCCGGAGGAAGCGCCCCGUUCUCCGCCUCGCCGCCGCAGGCGGCAGGGUACCGACGCCUGUCUUCGGCGUCCAGCGGCAGGGAAAGGUCCAGUCGCCUGCCAGCUAUCCCGGGCGGCCGGGUGAGGCGGGCGCGGAGCCCCGCUGCCCUGCGCUGCCUGCCGCCGCGGAGCUGUCCAAGCCGGGGCGGGGGCAAACACCCCCCCCCCCAGGUAGCCUAGCUGCUCCCCGCCGCCCCUUGAGGCCGCGCCGAGGGACGGGGGUCGCGCCCGCUCAGCGGAGCCGCCGUGUGCGGGGGGGCAGCCGGCACCGCCGCCAUGAAGCUGGAGGUGUUCUCGCAGCAUUACGAGGACAAGCUGAGCGCCGGCAGCGAUCAGGAAGGUAGCGGCUCCCUCUCCCCGGCGCCGGCUGAGAGCGAGCUGGGCUCGGACGGUGACUGCGCCGCCAACAGCCCGGGUGGCGGGGCCGGGCGGCCGGGGCAACCCCCGCCACCACCCCCCGCCUCGCAGCUGCCGCAGCCGCCUCCGACCGAGAGCGGCAAGGGGAAGCCCUACACGCGGCGGCCGAAGCCACCCUACUCCUACAUAGCGCUGAUCGCCAUGGCCAUCCGAGACUCGGCCGGCGGCCGCCUCACCCUAGCCGAGAUCAACGACUACCUGAUGAGCCGCUUCCCCUUCUUCCGCGGCGCCUACACCGGCUGGCGCAACUCGGUGCGCCACAACCUCUCCCUCAACGACUGCUUCGUCAAGGUGCUGCGCGACCCGGCGCGGCCCUGGGGCAAGGACAACUACUGGAUGCUCAACCCCAGCAGCGAGUACACCUUCGCCGACGGCGUCUUCCGCCGCCGCCGCAAGCGCCUCAGCCGCGCCGCCCCGCCGCCGCAGCCCGCCCGCCCCGCCGCCGCCCCACCGCCGCCGCAGGAGGCGGCCGGAGCGGGCGCCACGUCCCCCGGCGGAUCCCCGCGGUGCUGCUGCGCCUGCUCGCCCUGCAACUGCGGGCCGGGCACCGCCGCCAAGGAAGCAGCAACGGCGGGCGGCGGGGCGGCGGCGGGGGGCAGCGGCACCAAGUUCUCCAGCUCCUUCGCCAUAGAGAGCCUGCUCAGGCGGCCGGCGGGGCCCCGCGCCGCCCCGCAGCAGCCGCCGCCGAGGCCCGCCCGCCUCCUCUGGCCGGCGCCGCCCGCGGCUCCGCACCUGCUGCCCGGCCCCUAUCCGCUGCUCCCCUACCCACCUGCCGCGCAGGCCGCGUCCGCCGCCGCUGCCCUGUACGGCGGCGGGCUCCUCCAGCUCUGCGCCUACGGGCUGGGGGAGCCGCCUCCGCCGCUGCUGCUGGGGGGCGGGCGGCAGGCACUGUCCCAGGGUGAGCCAACGCCGGCGGAGCGGCCGCGGGCGCCGCUCUUCCCCGUCGGCCUCCCCAAGGGCGGGCGGGGGCCGCCGCCCGUCUCCCCUCUCUACGGGCCCCUCCGGCUCGCCGGGCCGCUGCAGCCGCCGGCGGCGGGGGGCUCGGCCGCGUUCCACCCGUACGCUGUAGAGACCCCCCUGGCUUGACGAAGCCCCCCUUCUCCCCUGAAAGGGGCCCGCCUGGGGAGGCGGGGAGGGGGGAAGGAGGACGCUCUGGAUCCCGCACUUUAACUCCAGAGGCGACCAAAGCCUCCAAGCAAAAGCCUCGGUGACUGUGCCUUAGUGAUAUGACAGUGGGGUUAACUUAAACCAAAAAAAAAAAAGGAGGAAAAAAAAAAAAAGAAAAA